GAAGACAGUGAGAGAACGAAUGUGAAUAAAGUAAGAGCGCACGAGCCAGAGAGUGAUAUUGUGUGUUGUACAAACGUAAACAAUCUCUCUCUCGUCUACAAGCGCAUAUAGUAUUUCGGUUUGUCAGUGAGAAAGAGAGUCGCAUGUUACCGUCGUGACAUUACUUGUUUCACCACAUGCAAACACCGAUUGAUGUAGUUGGGUGCAGCACAUGCAGAGUUUUUGGAGAAAAAAAAAGAGAGAGAGAGACAGCGAGAGAGAAUCGGUUCAUCUUUGGCUGUAACAAGAAGCAAGCGGCGAGCAAACAAAUCACAAUCGACCGAGUGUUUGAGAGCAUCGCAAUCAGUCGUUGUGCGUUUGUCUUAGUGCAAGACGGUGUGUUUUCUGUCAAUUCGUUUAUUUUUUCUUUCUUCAUUUUCGUUCAUGCAUUGAAUUCAAUGCAGUGAGUGUAGAGUAGACGAGCAAAAUAUCUCGUGCAUUGUAUCAAAACAGAAUAAUUUUGAAGAAAACUUAUCGCAACGACAAAAAAACACAGACAAUUUUAAGCCGAAUCAAAAAUUCAACCCAAAUUUUAAAUUGGGGGUUUAAGCAGUUUUGAAAAAAGUGCUAGUGCAACAAUCGCCGACAACAACAACAACAACCAAAUUUACCGAAAAUCUGAAGAGAAACCAACGAGAGGAGAAAACAAAUAUAAGUACCCGUGUAUGUUGAUUUGGUAGCAGCACAGCGGCAAAACUCAUGCGGUAGCCUUUUCAAAUAUCCCUGCACCAAUAUUAGGAUGUGAAAUAGAAACGAGUUCAUCGACUCCAUUGACUCGUUGUAGUUUUUCGUAGUUUUGGUUUCAUCGGAGCAACUGGGAUAAAAUUAAGCAUAAGAAUUCUCUUAAGAAAAGGGAAAAAAGGGGACAAACAUAAAUUGAAAUUGAACCGCAUUCCAACCCAAAAAACUAACUAUGACAUUCAAAAUUCUUCGUCGUGGCACACCGCGAUGCAUUGGUUUAUUGUCAUUGUUGGUUGUGGCAAUUGUAUGCCUGUAUUACAUAUCGAUUGGUCAACAGUACAAUCCGAAGAAUUUACUAAAACGACGGACAGAGAAUGCGGCGUUGAUUGUCGAUAAUAAUUUGGACGAUGAUGUCGGACGCAGAAACAUAAAAGAGACACACUCAAAACCAUCUGCAAAUGAUGUAACGAACCAUGGAUGGCGAAAAUGUGUGGCAUUAAAAGAAUCCGAUUCAGAUAUAACGACGCAAGAAGAAUUUUAUAAAUUUGACUUUCAGCCAAAUUGGUUGCGAAAUAAAGAAUUUUGGGACAUGUCAUUUGAAACACGAUAUGAAGCAUUGAAACGAACUGAUCGACCAAAUCUGCGUGUCUUUAUUACACCAUUUUCGCACAAUGAUCCAGGGUGGUUAAAAACAUUCUUGGGCUACUUUCAACAAGAUUCGCGACAAAUUUUAAAUUUCGUCGUCGAUCGAAUGCAAGAAUACAAAGACAUGACAUUUAUUUGGGCUGAAAUAACAAUUCUGCAACUAUGGUGGGAUCAAGCGCAUCCAACGAAACAACGAGCACUUAAACAAUUGAUCAACUCCGGUCGAUUUGAGAUUGUAACUGGCGGAUGGGUAAUGACCGAUGAAGCAAACGUUCAUCUGUACGCAAUGGUUGAUCAGCUAAUUGAGGGUCACCAAUGGUUAAAGGACAAUUUGAAUUAUACACCAACAACUGGAUUUUCCAUCGAUCCCUUCGGCCACGGAAGCACAUUACCGUAUUUAUUGGCUGCUAGCGAAUUCAAAGGCACCAUUAUCCAACGCAUUCAUUACGCAUGGAAACAAUAUUUCGCUAAAAAUCAAUACGGCGAUUUUUACUGGCAACCGUAUUGGAAAUCGGAAAACGCUGAUUCACGAACCCUUCUCACCCAUAAUAUGCCCUUUGACAUCUAUUCAAUUAAACAUUCAUGCGGUCCACAUCCUUCGAUAUGUUUAAAUUUUGAUUUUCGUAAAGUUCCUGGCGAAUACACGGAGUAUUCAAUUAAGGCCCAAUUCAUAAACGAAGCAAAUGUUGAAGCCAAAGCUGAUUUAUUGUUGGAACAAUAUGCUAAAGCUGCAACAUUAUAUCCUCAUAAUGUUGCGUUUGUACCGCUCGGCGAUGAUUUUCGAUACAAUCGAGAGAAAGAGGUCGAACAACAGUAUACAAACUAUAAGCUUUUAAUUGAUUACAUAAAUGCUCACCCAGAUCGAUACAAUAAUACCCAAAUCUCGUUUGGUUUACCCAAAGACUAUUUCGAUGAAAUAAAUCGUCGAUAUCAAAAAUAUCCGCAUUUAAAAGGCGACUUCUUUGUUUACUCUGACAUAUUUACCGAAGGAAAGCCAGCGUAUUGGUCGGGUUAUUUUACAACACGUCCCAUGUACAAAAUGUUGAGCCGAGAAUUAGAGCAUAAUCUUCGUUGUGCAGAAAUUUUAUUUACCAUUGCAUUAAAUCAUGCACGACAACAUCAUAAUACCAAUGCAUUGCGAAUUUUCGAAAAGAACUAUGAGAAAAUGAUAAUUGCGCGUCGUAAUCUCGGUUUAUUCCAACAUCACGACGCCAUAACUGGAACAUCCAAAGCAAUGGUAAUGCGUGAUUAUGGUUCACGUUUAUUCGAAAGUAUUCGUGAUACGGUUCAAUUGCAACAGACGACAAUUGAAAUGCUGAUGCAAAACAAGCCAUCGACUGAAAAGUAUCAUAUCAUCGUUAGCGAACUGGAACGUGAUUCGUUUAAUAGAUUGCCGAAGAAAACGCCAAUUGUUGUGCAUCCAAAUAAACAGGCCGAAAUUGUAUUGUUCAAUGCAUUGGCACAAGAUCGCCUUGAAUUGAUUGCAUUACGCACAAGAACUCCAAAUCUUAAAGUCAUUGACAAUAAUGGAAUGGAUGUAAAAUUUCAAAUAAAUCCCGUUUGGAAUAUCACCGAUGACAAUCAACAAAAUGUUAAUUUACUCAGAGCAUCAAACCACAUAUUCGAAGUCAUAUUUCUGGCAAAUCUUCCUCCAUUAGCAUUAGUUACGUAUACGGUAAAAUAUACGGAGAAACGAAAUUCAUUGGCCACCGUCUAUUGUAAUGAGUGUAAGGAAAGCAAUGCAGUCGAUCGUGGUGAGGAUGUGUUUGAGGUGAAAGCCCGUCAAGCCGGUGAUAUUCAAUUGGAAAAUGCUCAGAUGCGACUCCUUUUCGACGGAGUCAAUGGUUUCUUAAAAACAAUAACGCCAAAAAAUCACCGUAAACCUGUUCAGUGUGCUAUUAAAUUUGCUGCCUAUCGUAGUGCCCAAUUUCAUUCGGGCGCAUAUUUAUUUAAACCCGAUCGUGAGGAAAAAGAUAGUGAAAAAGAUGUAUUAGAGCAAUAUAAUGGGAAUCAAUUGAUUUUCAUAACAUCAGGUCAAAUAUCUAGCGAUGUAACGGUGAUUUAUGGCAAUUUCUUAGCGCAUACAAUUCGAAUUUUCAACAGUGGCACCUCAUUCGAUAGUGCAAUUUACAUUGAGAACGACAUCAAUUUCGAAGCACCGCCCAAGAAUCGUGAAACCGAAUUGUUUAUGCGUUUUGUGACGAGUAUUGAUAACGGUGUUCGAUCGGUCAUGUAUAGUGAUCAAAGUGGUUUCCAAUACCAUCGUCGUGAAAAAGUCCAAAAUUUGGGAGUCGAAGCCAAUUAUUACCCAAUCACAACGGCGGCAUUCAUUCAGGACAGUGAAGUUCGAUUGUCACUGCUAACCAAUCAUGCACAAGGUGCGGCCAGUCUUGAACCAGGAUACUUGGAAGUGAUGUUAGAUCGCCGAACGCUUUAUGAUGACUAUCGGGGAAUGGGUGAAGGUAUCGUCGAUAGCCAAUUGACACAACAACGCUAUUGGCUCAUUUUGGAGCAAAUGAUAGAAGGUGCCAAUGAUGAUAUCAAUAAUAUUCCACCCGUUCCAAAUCGCGACUAUGAAACUCCAAGUAGUUUCGUUAACCAUUUGUCCAAUAUUCUAAACUAUCCAGCGAAUGUGUUCUUUGUCGAAAAUCAAGAUGACACCACACCAAAUAAGCUUAGCAAACAAGUUUCAUUAUUUAAAAUGAAUUUUCCAUGUGAUGUACAUUUGGCAACACUGCGAACACAAACGGAACGUGAUUUAACUCUAUUUCCGUCACAGCGGGCGUUACUGUUGCUGCAACGGCAAGCGGCCUCUUGCAAAGUUCGUGACAUUGGCAAUGUAUGUCAGAAUGAGCACGGUUUCAAAGUUAAUGAUUUAGAUAUAUUUAAUAACAUCACAUUAGCACGUGUAUUCAAAACAUCAUUGACUGGCGUUCAUCAACACGAUCGUAUCACACAUUUUAACAGCGUUUACAUUCAACCAAUGGAUAUGGCCACAUUUAAUUUGACCUUCGUUUAAGAAAUCUUUCCGAUCCGAAAAUGAGCUAAUUUAUUUUAUAGGUUCUAGUGCAAUAUUACCAACAAUUCAUUUUAAGCGUAGCGAUUCGUUUUUAGUUCAAUUUUUAUUUUAACAUAUUUUUUUUUUGUUUCUCUCUCGAUUUUGUGCAUUGUCAAUUGUUUGUGAAUAAUGUAGGUAAUUUGUGAUUUUAGAUGAAAAUAAUGAGAAUUUUGUAUUAUAGAUAUUUUUUGAUGGGAUACGAAUGGAUGGCUCUUAAGACGAUGAAAAAAAUUCAUGCGAAGAAAUUCAAACCACACUCGUUUAGCGAAUGUGAUGAUAGCAUAUGACAGCUAAACCAAAUAUUAUAUUAUUUUAUUUCUUUUUAUUUGACUUUUGGGACAAAAAAUUGAUUUACCAUUAUAAAUCGGAUGAACAUUGACAAAAUCACAAUAACAUCGACUUUUUUGAAGAAAAAAAAAAGCGAAAAGAAAAAAAAAGAACCAAAUAAAUCUCCUAAUCAGUUAAACACCCAUAAAAUAUCCCAAGUAAUGAAAUAGCAUAGAAAAACAAGUACAAAACAAAUAGAAAACAAUACACUUUUUUUCAAA